GAAUGAAGAGGAUGUAAAGCAAAGAAGACAUAAUUAAGGAUUAAUACAUGAAAACUUUAACUUGCUUCUUAUAAGAUAGCACUCUCUAUGAUUGCUUGUCUAUUAAUAAUUAAGUGACUGUAAUUGAUUAGUCAUUCUCACUCUAUGAUGUUUUUAAUGUGUUUAUCGAUACACAUGUUGAUGAAGUAUUGUUUUGGAAUCCAGAUGUAGCUUAUUAUGAUGGGGUAUUUACCUAAACUGAUUUGAUUCGAAUAAUCCUUAAAUGUUAUCAAAAUAUUCUAAAUGGGGUUCCUAAUGGUAAUCUCUAAUUCAUAUUUUAGUCAGUGUGGGGAAAUAGUAAAAUAUAGGUUUAGCCAAUUAUGGAAGAGGAGGAUGAAGAUCGUGCUACUCCUGUGCAUUAAAUUUAAUUAAUAGGAUAGGAACAGAUAAACAAAUUGCUGAUUGAUUUACAAACAAUCUCAGUAAGAGACUGGUUCAAUUCAUACGGAGAAAGUCUUCAUCAAAGUAGUUUGGUUUAGGCAGAUAUGGCUGAUAAUCUUAAUGAUGCGAUGAAGAAGAUUUUAAAGUAGGGUGUAACAAGAAUUGUAGUUAUUGAUACUGAAUCUAGAAUUAUUGUGGGCAUUCUAUAACAAAAGGAUAUUUUAGCAUUUUUAGUAAAAGGAUUUAGUUAAUAUUUCCAUUUAUAAUUAUCGUAAAAAUCACAUCGAAUUGAAGUUUAUCAUGAAAAAAAUCCUCAAUCAGAAUAGCAUGAACUUGAAAUCAACUACUUUAGUGAUAGGAUUUUAUAAUUGAAUGAUAAACUUCCUUUCGACACUAAUGUUUAUGAGUAACCAUAUCUUGAUAUUUAGUGUUUUCUAUAAAUUGAUCUACGUAUUUAAGCGGAAUGCUAUUCCGAUUGUUGAUAACAACAACAAGUACUUAGGAUUGAUAGAUCGAAGAGACUUUUUAUUUAUUCUCAAAUACCAAGCAUACGAUAUGGUAUUACUUAAUAAUAUGAAUAGUUGAAUAGACCUGCUAUAGAUUUACUAAACUUUAUUAAAAUUGAGAAAAAAAAAUUUGCUGGGUUUUGUAUUUGCAAUAAAGAACUGUUCCAAAUGAAAUAAACAUUAAAAGAAGUAUUAGAUAAUUCUAAUUAGGUUGUUGAAAAUCUACUGCUUUCUUCCAGGGGUAGUUUAGUUUGUUUGAAUGAAAAUUAAGAACCAAUCGCUACAUUAUAAAUGUCUGAUCUCUUUAAAAUAUGUUUAGAUGAUAUUGAAUUAGAAUGAAUUAAUUUAUCAUAAAUAUGUGUAUAUAUUUAAAUGAAUAAUUAUAGACUUUCCUAAUCAGCUUCAAUUUCCGUAUCCAACACUUUAACUAAAGAAUAAGCUUAAAUCAAAAUCACUUAGGAUUUUAAGUAAUUCUUGAAUACAUUGAAUGAAAAAUUUCUAUUACCUUAGAAGUUUACAAUGUGCUAUUGCUAUGAAGCCAAAGACAGAGUGAUCAAUCUGGCUUGUCCAAUUGAUUAUCAUUUAUUCUUAGAUAGAUUAUACUCUUUUAAAAUCGAGUAAUUAUUUUAUUCAUAUAUUAGGAGUUUUCCUUUGCUUUAAAUCAUCUCAUUAGAGCAAGAUGUAUUUUCAUCCUAGAAGAUGAUUAAGGAAGCUGAGGAAUGGCAAGAAAACCAUUUCUGAUAUUUCAGAUAUAAAACAUUUAGA